GUCGCUAUCAACAAAUUAUCAAUGGCGGAACGGGGAAAUGAAUGGUUUAUUUAAGAAACUUAGACAACUUAAUUUAUGAGGUAAAAAGCAGAAGCAAUGCCUCAGAGACUACACCGACAUCUACACCUAACUUACAGAACUCGACAAGCACUCUACUGAUCUGAAACACUGACAUACCGACGACCGACAUGGAGAGAGUAGUCCCCUCUCCGUCUAGCUCCACACAACUCUCCGAUCGACCUGUUUCAGCGGCAGACUCGCAGAGUUCCAAAGACAGUUUCCUCAGCAACGGCAGACCCGGCUCUGCCAGGAGGAGCAAGCCGCACUCUCGGUCCAGUAGCAGAAAGAGCAGCGGGGCCAAGUCCAUAGAAAGGCAGGGCAGUGGCGAUGUUCCGUUUGACUCAAAAGCUGGUGGUGAUGGCGUUCACAUUGCUAGCAGUGAUACAGAGAAAGGAGUAAAGUUUCAAAUGGAGCCGUAUUGUCAGAGUGAAAGUGGCAGUGAGGGGGGAGUGCAGAAUGCAUCAGAUACUUCAUCCGUUGCCAUGGAAACUCCUGGUGAGGGGAAUGCUCGACCAGCAAUAGCUCGUGCAUUUCGACCUGAAAUUGAUGAUAAUUUUAGUGCAUUGCCAACGAGAUCAGUUUCAUUUGAAGAAAUUAGAAAAAUGAACUUGUUAACAUACGAUGGACGUGAAAUCGUGCUUGUUACCACGGACACACAAACCGACUGGGAUUGGGUUGAUGAGGCAGCCAAUGAGGAAACACAGGAAGUACCCAGUGAAGUGGAAGUUAAAGAGGCCCCCCAAGAGAAGGUGGAGGUGGAAGAGCCAGUACAGGAUGACCGGAUAGUGGACGCAGGACCAUACACGCCGUAUAGCGACGAGUUCGGCAUUCCCAUCAUGAAUGUCAGCUCUGACUCAGAAGAUAGUUCAGAUGGGGAGUCCUGGAGGAAACAACAGGAGAACCGCGAUUACCUGCCAAGUAUUGGGCCACCACAAAUAUUACAGUAUUUGCGAGAAGCGGACAAGCCCCAGGAGGGCAAGGGGGACGAUCUGAUGGACGAGCUGGGUCUGUUUGGAGGAAUCUGCGAGUUCUGUGGACAGCAGAUCAAACCAUUCCCGUCGGUGGAGAGACAGCAGGAGUUGCCUCCGGACGAGCUGUACUGCUGUGACCAGUACCGCGAGUUCGUGGAGUUCGCAACUACCACCGCCUUCGAUCUGGAGCUGGAGGUGAGGAAGCAGCAGAGAAUGAUCAGCGUCAAGCCUCACGCCCACUUCGGAACGAAGAAAGACCGCAAGGCUGCUAAGGAAAGAGCUGUGCAAAGAAUGCGUGACAGAGAACUUCAGAGACGCAAACAAGAGGCAGAAGGAAUGCAGUCGAGUUUGUUUUCACCAGCUGGUCCAAGUGCACACGAACGAGGAGGUGCCCACCCUUCUGGUCGGGCGGGGCAUGGAGCAAAGGCCGUCUCAAUGGCCCCGAGUGGCAUGAGUAAUUUUGCUGCCAGCCAGUUCAGGGGAGGACCCAUGGGCCCUAUGGGGAUGGAUGUGACUCGCCAGAUGAAGACGAUUAAUUACCAACUGUCGUCACAGCGAUGUCUGGAUGAGGGCUGGACCCUGCGUUGCCCGACCCCCCUCAUGGAGGAGGAGGAAGUGUGUGAAGUCUUUAUUCCUGAACCUCUCAUCGAGAGCGGGAAGCUAGUGGACCGACCACUGAUACAGAAGUACUACGAAAAUGGACAGAAGUUCCUGACAAUAUUUUCCGACGGGUCUGGAAAUGUGUUCUAUCCCUCAGGGCAGCUUGCCAUUGCCAUAACGAGCGUGUCACUGGGCCUGUAUCUCUACAUUGUCCAUGACGACACUCCCAAACACAACGUCACUGCCAUAUUUGAGCCAAACGGUUAUGGGUCGUGUUUCCAUGGAAACGGAAUUGUGAGAGUAUAUUUCGACCAGCUGGGCGGGAUGGAGCUCGACACAGUCGGGGCUAGAAAGAGGAAGUGGACAUGGCGCGACCCCGAGGUUCACGUGCACGCCCCACCGUUUCAACCGAUCUGCUUCGGGCUGAACCACAACCUAGGCGUGCGGAUCAUGAGCCAGGACAAUAUCAUUCUGUCUAUGACGGCCAAGAAAUGCAGCUGUAGGUUUAAUGUUGGAUCCAAAUUAAAGCUGGUCGCCCCUGAGAAUCUACCUCCCAAGGAGAUUGACGAAACACAGUUGUUUCUCAGCGAAAAGUCUGCUUACGUGGAGAAUGUUUUACACAAAGUAGCCACACUUUUAAAAUUUCCCAAGUCUCCAAAACUGGACAAAAUCCUGCCCCCAAUCCACCUCAGUGCAAAGAUGCAGCGCAACGAGAAACUGAGAAAGGAGCGAGAAACCACUACAAGUGGCAACAAGUCCCGGAUAACUCUUCCGUCAGUCAAGGUCAACUGAAUUAGCAUUUCAGCUGGGGCCAUUUUGUUUUGUUGUUUGUGUUGUUUUCUCCCUAUUGUUUACAUUUUCAGUUAUUUUAAAAUGUGACCAGCAAAAUUUUAUUACUUGAAAAGUCCUUGAUGAUUGAGUUGUGUUAAUCUUAAGUCAGAAGUUAAUUCUUUUUACAUUUCUUUUUUAAUUGAAAAAAAAGAGAGAGAAGAACAGAUGAUUGUAAGAAAUAAAGAUUAAUUAAAAGUAAUAAAAAUUCCCAAAGAUGAUGAAUUAAAGAAAUAAAAGCAAAAAUAUAAACAGAAGUCAAAUGGGACAAUAUUUAUCAGUAAGUCGGGGUUACAGCAAACAAUAGGUUUCUUAUGAAGGGUCCUAUAUAUCAGUUUUUCAGCACCUUCAUGGAUGACAUUGUAGGCCUAUAUUACACAAUAGAAUGCUCAUUACGAGGCAGUAGAUAGGUGUGGGUUUUUGCUAUUUUCACAAUGAUCACAAACCAUUAUAUUAUCAGGGCUCGACCUUAGCGGUAGCCCGGAGUGUUUUGACUACCCAUUUGUUCUAGCUACCAGAUGUCUAAACCCAGUAGUCUGCCGGGAUACUAGAUUUUUUUUGGCAAAUCCAGUUACUCCGCAAUCAACAAGAUGCUUAAACAUUUAAAACACCCACCUAAAACAACAUGUUUAAAUCAAAGUAAAUGAUUAUGCUUUUUUUUUAAUUAUUAAAAUUAUGGGACUACCAAUUUUUACUGAGGGCUACCAGAUUUUAUAACCUGGUAGACCGGCGACUACUGAAAAAAGUCAAGGUCAAGGCCUGAAUAUAGUACUCACCAAAGAAAAUAGUUUUUAGUUUCAAACAACGCACAUCUUGAUGUCGCUUAUGAGAAUUCUUAUCAAUCAUUAAACAUGACAGAUUAGUCCGUGUUUCAUUUUAGGAACUCUCUAGUCUCAAGGAUAACAAAUGUCUUGUUAUCGCAAACCUGACAUGUGAUCUGAUAAGUUUAACUUAAUAAUUUAAAAGUAGUUCAUUCAUUUUAGGAACUAUAUCAGCAGUUUGAAUAAUAAUGGUGAUAAUGUAACACUUUACUCAUUUUACCAUCGCCAUAGAAAACAACAGCAGUAUAUUUGUUUUCUAUACCUCUUUCCUGUAUUGGGUCUUCAGGUUAUGCCAAUACCUGCAUAAAGACGUAUUACAGGAUAAAGAUACGGAGUCCAUUUUCUAAACUGAAAGCCAGUGAAAAAAAAAUGUUUCAGGUUACAAAAACUUAACUUUACUUUACUUUAUUUUAUUUUAUUAGUGUGCCUAUAUUUAAAAGAGGUUCAGGCACGUCCAUCCCACGUCCAGUCUGUGGCAGGGCCAGUGGCUGGGCGUCUGACAGAAAUAUAAAAACUAAAAUAGCUGUCAUAAUAUUAGACUAGUGUAACACUUAAACGGUUUGUGGACAUCUGAUGAUACCAGACACAUGUAAGUAACAGCAUUAAUUAAUUCUACAAAUUUGAUAUUAUGUUUAUACAUAUCUGUCUGUGAUAUACAUGUAUUUUUUUUUUUUUUUUUUUUUUUUUUAAAUGGCUGAUUUUUAUCAUUUAAAAUCAUUGUUUUACAUAAUUUAAAUAUAGAUAUAUUGUCUAGUUAUUUCAGUGCCUAUAGUAUUGUUCAGUGAAUUAGCUGUUUCUCAGAAUUCGUUCACAUGUUCCCAGAUACUAGAAAUACCAAAAUUACCACUCAGUAUGAUUUCGUUUAUGUAUUUUAGUGAGAAAGAAAAUUAACAAAAUGUUGCAGAACUUGUUUAAAAAAGUUGUGUCUGUGUUUUUUUAAAUUAUAAAGUUUAUGAAUGAAGGACCUGUUUUUAAAGUGACACGACCUACAUUCAUUUCAUUUCAUCUUAUUUUCUUGAGUAUAUCCAAUUACGGUUCAAGCACGCUGUCCUGGGCACACGCCUCAGCUAUCUGGGCUGGCUGUCCAGGACAGCGGGUUAGUGGUUAGUGAGA